AUGCGUUUGCCUCCGGCGGGAGCCUCUGAGCCGGUGAAGGUAGCCCUGGCUGGGUGGGAGCACCCCGUUCCCAGCAGCCGGGCUGAGCCAGGGCUGCAGCCGCGCUCUGGACUUCUCUUCCCGCUCUUUCGCUGGAGGAGCUCAGCAGCUCCACGUAUCCUGGGCCAGGGGCGGUGGUGGUGGCAGCGAUGGUGGCGGCCGCAGUGGUGGCAGUGUUUUAUGGUGGUGGUGGUGGUGGGAGUGAUGGCAGUGCUGGCAGUGGUGGUGUUAGUGAUGGCGGUGGCAGCGGUGGUGGUGGCAGUGAUGGCGGUGGUGGCAGUGGUGGUGUUAGCCUGCGUCAGGGGUUACCUGCUGCGGAAGCGCUUUGGGAGCCUGCGGGCAGAGUACGAGGAGGUGGUGCGGGAGAUCGAAGGAGACCUGAGCCAGCUGGAGUGGAGGGGACGGAUCCUGCCGCGGCCCCUGUUUGUCCCCGAGCCAACGCAAGGGGAGCGCUCAGGUCUGCGUGAGGCUGCACCGAGUGACGAGGGCAGCGCGGAAAAACCACAGGAGGAGCUGGAUGCCUCUGAACCAGAACAGGAGCGGGGCUGCAGCGGUGUGAAACCUACAGCCCAGCUGCAAAGCGAGAAAGAACGGAGCUCCGCGGGUGAAGGCGAUGUAGUGAGCCCCCCAAGUCUCGUCGCCGAUGCUGAUAAAUGCACCGAAAGGGGGUGCAGCGCCCCAGCGGAGAGCGAGGAUCGGCAGAACGACAGCAGCGUAGCCUCUGUGUGGGACAGCGCUAUCCUGGAGGCAGAGUCCCUUGAAGCCUGCUCGGAAAUUCCACUUGAGGACAUAAAGGAGCUUCCUCGAACUCGAGCUGGUCUCCAGUCCUACAGAAAUCACUUGGUCAUGGAGCUGCUGUGGUUGCAACAAGCCAUUGUCAGCCGUAAAAACUACUUGAUGCUGAAGCAGAGGCUGGGGACCCCUGACUCGUAG